AUGGCCACGAUUCCGUUGAUGCUCGAUCAGGAUGUCGAGUUGGGUGAAUUGCCGAGUUAUGAUGAAGCCACGAAACGACAGAAUGCAACAGGUGAAGCGCCGUCGAAACAAUCCCGUCACAACAAUAUUCGUGAUGCUUUCUUCCGUGAGCAAUUCGCUAAAGAUGCCACUAUGGCUGGAGCUGUGGCUUAUGCGAGCAUAUCAAUCCGAUUGGGAUUUUUACGGAAAGUGUUGGGUAUUCUAUCGUUCCAGCUCCUUCUAACAACACUUUUCUGCGUUGCUUUCUACGUAACGCCACAUGUCCGCCUAUUUCUAAUGGAACAGUGGUAUCAGCAGUUUACUAAACUUGAUUGCAGUGAGCAGGAAGAGUAG